AUGCUAAAGAUUAUUUCUAAAUCUAGGACAACUCUAGCAAGCACACCCUAAUCUACAACUGAAGGUAAUCGAUAGAACUUAUUAAUUUGGGAUCAAAUGUUUGGAAAUUUCAACAAUGCUCUUAAAUCUAGAAAUCAGGCAUAGAGAUUAGCUGCAUAAAAAUAUUAAUUGAUAAAUGAUCCAAUAUGCACAUAAUCUCCAUUGCAUUAGCCAAAUCCCUUUUAGUUCAAUGAAAAACUUAGACAAGGUUUUAGAGAAUAUUUAUGUGGGGAACGUUCUGCUCUCAAUUUAGUUAAUGAAUGCAAUCACAUAAGUAAGAAGGAAGCCAAGUUAAAAAGUAGGAUCAAACUCAUUAAGAGAGCCAACAUGUUUGCUAAUUAAUUGUAAGUGGGAAACAAAUACAAAUCAUUGCAUUAACAAGGACUUACAGAUGAAGAAAUCGAGAAAAAAGUGAGAGUAUUUUAAAGAUUUGAGAAGAUAAAGAAAUUAAUUUAAAAGAAUUCAUAAACCGAACCAAAUGAAGACAACAAUCUUAGAGAUGUGUAACUAUUUAGACAACUCUAUGAGGUGAGUGAAGAAAAUAAAAAUAAGAUCAAAUAGAGAAAUCUAUUGACUGAGAGAGCUAAUGGAUAACGUGAAUUUGAUAAGGUAAAAUAUACAAGUCAUGGAUAUUUAAGAGUCAAAAAGGUUGAAAAGUAAAAAGGAGAUACAGUCAGUUGCGAUAAGAAAUAAUUUAUUAAAUAGAAGGUUCGGGAUGCAAUUAAUGAAUAAUUGAAGAAGUUUGUAAAAGAGAGACAAUAAAAAGAACAGGAUAUCUUGAAUAAGGCUAAAAGGAAGUUGUUAAUGAAAAAUAAUCAAUAUUAGGGAUUUUAGAAGGAUAAAUAUAUAUUGAACGAUCCCUUAAGCAAAGAUGUAAAGUUGUAUGCUUACAUGUUCAUGAGAAAUAAAGAGAAAGGAACAAGAGUAGAUACUUCUGAAAGGAUGUGCUUGACUACAAGAAAUGUAGAAAGACCAAAACAUUUUAUUAAGAACUUCAAUAAUGAUUUAACUUCUCGUGAUAUAAGCAUGUCUAAUGAUUCAUCUCUUAAUUCAAUGUUGGAAAUCAACAUUGAUAACAUGUAUAGAACAAGUAAUGCGAUAUAAAAUCAAAUUCUAUAAAGUGAUUCAGAGAAAUUCGUUAAGAGGAUUAAAUAGUUCCAGAAGGUCUAAUAAUUAAAUUUUGAAAUUAUCAAAGUUAACCAAUAGAAACUCACUUCUGAACGGAAAUCAAUUCUAUUUUGA